CACUAGCCUGUUCCUCUCCAUCCAAUCGCGGCAAAACCAAAACCUAUCACGGUAACAUUUUCCCUCGCUUUCCUCUCCCAUUUUCCCGGCAACCAAACAGGUCUCGAACCCCCAAGGAUGAGAGAAAUCCUCCACAUCCAGGGAGGCCAGUGCGGCAACCAGAUCGGCGCCAAGUUCUGGGAAGUGAUCUGCGACGAGCACGGCAUCGACGGCACCGGAAGGUACAACGGCGACUCCGAGCUCCAGCUCGAGCGAAUCAAUGUCUAUUACAACGAGGCCACCGGCGGAAGGUACGUACCACGUGCGGUUCUUAUGGAUCUGGAGCCUGGGACGAUGGACGCGCUCAGAUCCGGCCCGUUCGGGCAGAUUUUCAGACCCGAUAACUUCGUGUUCGGGCAGUCUGGGGCCGGGAACAAUUGGGCUAAAGGGCAUUAUACGGAGGGCGCCGAGCUUAUCGAUUCCGUGCUCGAUGUGGUGCGAAAAGAGGCUGAGAAUUGCGAUUGCUUGCAGGGAUUCCAAGUAUGUCAUUCUUUGGGUGGUGGCACCGGCUCUGGCAUGGGAACUCUUCUUAUUUCCAAGAUCAGGGAGGAGUACCCGGAUCGAAUGAUGUUGACAUUUUCUGUCUUCCCAUCCCCAAAGGUGUCUGACACGGUUGUGGAGCCAUACAAUGCCACCCUUUCCGUCCAUCAGCUUGUCGAAAAUGCUGAUGAAUGUAUGGUUUUGGACAAUGAGGCUCUGUAUGAUAUCUGCUUCCGCACCCUCAAGCUAUCCAACCCUACUUUUGGUGAUCUUAAUCACCUCAUCUCUGCUACCAUGAGCGGUGUCACAUGUUGUCUUCGGUUCCCUGGACAGUUGAACUCUGACCUACGCAAGCUUGCUGUUAACCUUAUCCCUUUCCCACGGCUGCACUUCUUUAUGGUUGGGUUUGCACCCCUAACUUCAAGAGGAUCACAGCAGUACCGUUCUCUGUCUGUGCCCGAAUUGACCCAGCAGAUGUGGGAUGCCAAAAACAUGAUGUGUGCUGCUGAUCCACGCCAUGGACGUUACCUUACUGCGUCUGCUGUGUUCCGUGGUAAGAUGAGCACCAAAGAAGUUGAUGAACAGAUGAUUAAUGUCCAGAACAAGAACUCCUCAUACUUUGUCGAGUGGAUUCCCAAUAAUGUUAAGUCCAGCGUGUGUGACAUCCCACCCAAGGGUCUGCAAAUGGCAUCCACUUUCAUUGGGAAUUCGACUUCAAUUCAGGAAAUGUUCAGGAGAGUUAGCGAGCAGUUCACAGCUAUGUUCAGGCGAAAGGCUUUCUUGCAUUGGUACACGGGAGAGGGAAUGGAUGAGAUGGAGUUCACCGAGGCUGAGAGUAACAUGAAUGAUCUGGUUGCCGAGUACCAGCAAUACCAGGAUGCAACUAUCGAAGUGGAGGAGUACGAAGAGGAGGAAGAGGAGGUUGGUGCUUGAUGAAUCGUGCCAUGGUCGUGGUUUCUCAGUUUGUGUAAACUCGUUAUGUUUGUGGCUUAAUUUGAACGAUUUAUUGUUGCUCAGUCAAUUUAGAUUUGAAAUAUGGAUGUAUGGAAUGUGGGAUGGGUCUGUACACGAGAUGGGUUUUGUAAAAACGCUUUUGUGUUGGAUUUGAAUGUUGUACCGAGUAAGGCAUAUAAUGUCGAAAGUUAUGUUUCAGUGAUGGAAUUUUCUGUCUUACACCA